AUGGACACGACCCCGGGAGCCGCCGUACGCACCGUGGUCGUCCACCUCCUCGCGCCACCGCCGGCGGCGUGCGGCCUCAACGGCUGCAGGUGGCGGACGACGAAUGUCCCCUCCUCCUUCUCCUCCUCCGGCGACAUCCUGACCUACGUCAUCGUCCUCGUCCUCUGCUUUCUCCUCUGCGCCCUCGCCCUCACCUUCGCCGUCCGCUGCUUCCUCCGCGGCCAGCCGCCGCCGCUGCCGCUGGGCCACCCUCCUCCUCUGGCUGGCCAGGGCGAGGCCGAGCCGAAGCCCGCCGGCGAGGCGGCCGCGCCCCCGCUGGCGGCGGCGGCGCUGAUGGUGUUCUCGCCCGGGGUGGAGCUGGCCGGCGCGGAGGCGGACUGCGCGAUUUGCCUGACGGAGUUCGUGGGAGGGGAGGAGAUCCGGGUCCUGAAGAGCUGCAGGCACGGGUUCCACGAUCAAUGCAUACAGAGGUGGCUGUCUUCGAAGACGUCUUGCCCGACCUGCCGCAGCAGCUGCGUCGUCCAUUGCGCGGAGGACGAGGACGGCACCGCCCACUGCUCUGAAAAUGGCGGAACGGCGGCUUCUCUUCCUCAGAGAGUGGCAGAGCAAGUUUGA